ACGAAAACAGAGAAUAGUGUUAUCAAUUGAAGCGCUGAAAUCAGUCGGCAAAACGAUUCAAAAACCGAAACCGGCAAAGUCUAUUGCUAGUGGAGAGCGAGAGAAAAACUGGGAAAAACAGGCAAACUAACAAACGCGGCAAGCUGUGAGUGUGUGCAUUGCGAGAUCGAAUUAAACAAGAAAAAAAGUGUGCAAGGAAGAACAAGCAAGCGAAAAGGAAUUUGUGACUCUCGGCGAAUGCUCUGCGUCUCAUUUUCGCCGCUCUCUGCCCCUGUGCCUGUGCCAGUGUGUGUGUGAACGAGUCGAGUCCACAGUCUCCGUGUGUGUGGCGGCGUGCCUGUCGUGUGCGUGUGUGUGUAAGCAAGCGAGAAUCUGCAAGAAAAGCAACGCCAAAAAAAAAAAAGAGAAACGAGGAAGCGAAAUAACGCAGUGGCGUGUGAAUCAUCUCCAGAAAAGAACAGCUAAUCCGAGUCCAGCAAGGCAGCAGGAGCAUGGAGCAGCACGAGGAUAACUACUUGCAGAACCGCCUCGCAGAGAGCCUGCAGAUAUCCGGAGGCGCCGGCGAGAACCAUUUGCUGCAUAAUCUGGCGGAUCCCGCCGGCGGCGACCUCUCCGCGGCUCCAAAGUCUGAGCGGGACGGCGAUGGCGACGAAGACGAGGAGUGGAAGUACAUACACGAGGUGCAGCAGACCGAGAAGCUACAGCAGCAGGAGCAACAUCCUUCGGACACUGGCAAUGGCUUUGGCCAGGAUGACCUCAUCCACGGCAAUGGUUUGGGCAACGGCCUGGCUGCCGCUGCCGCCGCCGCUGGUCUCAGUCUGGUCUAUGAAGAGGAGGACGUCGAGGUGAUCAAGCAAGACGGCGAUCUCUCCACCAACUCCAACACCACCACAUCCACGGGCGAAGUGCUACAGCAGCAGGAGGAGGAGGAGGAGCAGCAGAAGCAGCAACAGCAGAUUGAGCUUGAGCCAGAGCAGCAGCAACAAUUGCAGCAGGAGGACGAAGAUGAGCCCAGCUCGGUGGCCACUACCUAUGGCACCAGCAGCCUUAGCGAGAACAACCAGGAGGAGCCAGAGCAGGAGCUGGCGCCGCAGCCAGCCGCUGGAGCCCAGGAACUGCUCCUAGAAGCUUUCGACAACAAGGAAAACGCUGAACCCGCUGAGAGUCACGAGGAAAGUCACUCGCAGCUGAAUCCCAAUGCAGUAGCCUUUGUGCCAAGCUUUGGUUCGCAGCCAUCGUCGCCACUGCCCAACAAUGCCGGCGUGGAGCCCAUGCUGGGUCUGAAUUCCCGCCAGCUACUGGCUCCGAUGGACGAUUUGGUUGCCGAGAGUCCGCGUAAGGGGUCAGCCCGCGAAAAUAUGGACCUUAUUUCGGUGCCAGAUGAAGUAGAGUUUGACAUCGAGGCGGACAAGCGGCCCCACGAACUAGAGCAGGAAUCGGACAUCUUUGGGGCCCGCGAUCUCGAGCAGCAGCUGCUCAACGGAGCCGGCAAUGGGGAGCCAGUAGAUACACUCGACCACGGACCGGAGACCAGUGUGGACUUGGACCUGUCUCUGGACCAGCUGCCUGCUGACGAGGAUGUCAUGAAGCAAUCGAUUUACGCCGAGCACAACGCCUCCAUUGAGGAUAUCCUAAACUCUGUUCAGCCGCUGCCCGAGCAGAUUGGCGACGAGAAGGAGCUGCUGCACGUGGAGGAGAAGGAACAUGUAUCACAGUCACCCUCCACCGAGGAGCUGCAGUUCCAGCAAGAGUUCCAACAGGUCCGUCACCAACCUCACUUUUUUGGCGGCGCUGGCGAGGAUCCCAUGCAGGCCUCCUUCUAUUUGGAACAUACAUCCUUGGAGGCGCAGAAGGAGCACGAGCAGGAGCCGGAGGAGCCUCUACAGCAGCCCUCUGAUACAUCUGAUCCCUUUGCCGAGCAAAGCCUGCUGCUGGACACCAGUGCUCCUGUGUUCAGUCCUGAGGCCCAUGAGCCUGUGGCCAAGUUGGAGCUGGAAUCGCAGCAGGCCGACAUAGUGGACAUCACACCAUCGCCGAUCUCGUCUACCGAAGAGAAGCAUCUGGUCGAGGACACGAAGGAGCUGGUAGAGGAGGAAAAAAUCGAGACAGAGCUUGUUAAGGAGCAGGAUUUGGAGCUGGAAUGCAGGCUGGAGCCUGCUCAGGAGCGUCACUUGGAACAGGAUACCCAUCUCGUUGAGCCCGUCUCGGCCGGAGCUCCUCCCCAGUUGGAGGAGUACGCUGCCUUUAAUGCAGCUCCCGGCUAUGAAGCUCAACACGAUGCGGAUACAGCGCCAGUCUUGGAACAGGGCAUUAAUCCAUUUGCCCAACCCUUCACGCCGGCUGUAAACUUGGAUCUGGAGGAACCAAUAGCCGCUCAUCUUGAACCGGAAACACAGGCAACUGGCAACGGCUUCAAUGAGCUUCAGUUGCAGGAGGAGCUGGUGGAGGAGGAGCAGUACACGGCCAAGCCAGAUUUUGAGUCCAAGUACUUCGAUUUGGGCGACAAGUUGCAGGAGCAGCCAACAGAGGUUCAGUUACAGGAGCAGCCAACACUCAACGAUGACUUUGUUGUGCCCCAGGAGCAGCAGUUCUCCGCCGCUCCAGAGGAGCAAGUACUGCCACCCAUUGGAGAUUUUGUGGCCCAGGAUCAACAGUUUAUUGCUCCAGAGGAACAGUUGCUGCCCGUGGCUAAAGAGUUUGUGGAACAGACCACUGCUGCCGCCGCUGUUGUGGCUGCCGCUGCUGUUGCAGAGGAGCCCGUGCUUUCCCAGACCGAAGAAGCUGUGCUUCCAACUACCGAGCCCGUGGUGGACGAUCUUCCUGAAAGCGAAAAGUAUGAGGAGCAAGCAGUGCCUGUGGCCGAAGUGGCUGCUGUUGCUGCUGCCGCUGCAGCUGUGACCGUUGCCGCUGUGGCUGCCACCACCAAAUCCAAGGAUCGCAAGCCCAGUCCCCAGGAGACGAAGAAGCCGGCCGCCAAGACAGCACCCGCAGCCAGCAAGCCCAAGCCAGCUGGUACUACAGCUUCCACUGCGAUCAAGAAGACCACAACCAGCUCUACCACAACCGCCAAGACGACCACAGCUCGUCCUCGCACCGCUCCUGUUGCCACCACCAAGCCAGCGACUUCAGCUCCGCCAACGGCAGCCACCAGGAAGCCAUUGAGUAGCAGCAGUGCCGGAACUUCAGCUAAACCAUCGGCGCCCAGAACAGCCUUGAGCAGCACAACAACACGACCGGCCACGGCUCCGGUGAGCAAGCCAACAGCUGCAGCAUCCAAGACCACGGCCAGCAAGCCGACGACAAGUGCUGCCAGGACUUCGACUGCUCCACGCCCAGCGGCUAGCACCACGGCUCGCAAGCCGGCCACAAAUGGAACCGGAACGGGCACAGCCACCGGUACGGCUGCCCGGAAGCCAGUCACAAGUGCUUCAUCUACCACCAGAUCGACUCUCAGCUCGUCGGCUGCCGCACCCAAGCCACGCUUGCCGGCUGCCUCGACAACGGCAUCGGCGGCGGCGGCCAAGCCAAAGGUUCCCUCGCCACGUGCUGCCGUCAGUACCACCAGCGCGGUGCGCAAGGUGGCCAGCACAAACGGAACAUCGCUCACGGCUCGCAGCCCCACCAAGCCGACGACCAAUGGAUUGGGCAGCAAGGCCACCAGCUCCACUACGACCACCACCACAACCACAACGAUCACAAAGACUUUUACGGCUCGUCCGGCUCCCAAGUUUACCCAUUCGACGGCCACCAAUGGUAGCGCGACUGCACGACGACCACUGGGCACCACCACUAGCUCCAGCUUGACAUCAACCACGGCGUCGGCAUCUCUGAGGAAGUCAUCACCCAUAAAGGCAUCACCACUGAAAACUGCCACCACCAAGCCGCUGACACCGAAAGCCAAAGAAAGCGCCACCGCUGCCAAACCAUCGCCGGCCGGACUGAAGGCGCGCAAGUCGACACCGCUGAAGGGAUCCACACCCACUCCCAUUAAGGCACCAGUUGCCGCUGCACCGCCGGCCGAGCCAGCUGCAGCCACCAAUGGUGACACCAAGGAGGAGGAAGCUAUCAAGCAGAACGGCAACGGUGUGCACGAUGUGGAGGAGGCCCAGGAAAUCCAGGAGCAGCCGCCGAUUCAAGAUCAAGUAAACGCUGCCGCUGCCGAAGUGGCCCUGCUGGAUUUCUAAAGGACGUUGCGCCCAGAGAGAGAGAGAGAUUCCAGAAGCAAAACCAGAGCUGAAACUACUUUACUAAUAUUAUAAAACAUAUUAAGCAAAAGUAUUUAGCACGAGAACCGAAGGAGUAAUUUCAAAAAAAAACUAAAGAAAAAACGAAACAAACGAACAGAAAACGAAGAACUGAUGAUGAUGAUGCAUCCGGCAGAGUAAAGAAUGCCAACAAAAUUAUGAAUUGCUAUCCAUUCAAUUUAUUUACGAGAUCGAUGACAUCUUCGACAAUUCUUGCUAAAUAUAUUUAUAUUAUAUAUAUUAAUGUAUGUGGAUAAAGUAUACCCGGAGGGAGCUUGAGCGUAGGGAACUUUUGUGCUACGGAAUGAUGGAAAUAUUACGACAGCGUGUGCUCUGUUUUCUCUCGCUCAUUUAUUUAAGGUUUUUUUAUAUUUUAGUAAUUGUUCCUCACCACGCUCUGUUAUUUUUUUGCUCAUGUUGUGCUAAAAUUAUUUGUAUCUUUGUACUUUGUAUCAACGAACCGCGUCGAGAAAAACAAUUGUCAUUAUGCGUACUCUUAAAGAAAACCCAUUAAUGGAACCAAUUCCAAAAUGAGAACUUUGAAAACCGUGAAAAAGGUCAAAAAUUUGUCAUGUAGCAAGAACCGGAAGAAGGAAAGAACAAGAAAAUGAGAAUGAUAAUCCAAGUUUAACUGUAGCUAUUAUAGUCGGCGUCCUAAAACGUAAAUAAACGACAACUAAACAAAAAAAAUUCAAAACAAAACAAAACAACAACAAAAAAAUGAAUCAAAACUAAUCCAAGAAAAAGGCAACGUAUGUAAUUUGCGCAGCUGAAAAUGUAGACUGCUAACCAGUAAAAAAAAAAACAAAAAGAAAAACAAAAACA